CAGAAACUGUGUAAUAUGUACUUAGGUGCUUGUUUCCGAUAGAAAUAUUUGUAGGUGAUAUAAACAAAGUGUUUGGCUGGCUACAGUACGACAGAGAAAAUUUAAGUAUAUUUUUCUCUGUAUUAAGUGAAUUAUAUAUCUAGUAUCUUCUAUUUCUAAGUACAGAAUAUUACACAUUGUGUUCAUAAUUGCUUGAUAGAAAAAAGGAGGUUUACUGAAUUCGAAAUUACUCAAGAAUCAUGGCUACUCCUGUACCUGAUAGACAGUACUUAUGGAACAUUUUUCAGGGAGUUGACAAAGAUAGAAGUGGACAGAUAUCAGCCACAGAGCUACAAACGGCUCUAUCAAAUGGAACAUGGCGUCCUUUUAAUCCUGAAACAGUGAGAUUGAUGAUUGGCAUGUUUGAUAGAGAUGGUAGUGGGACAAUAAAUUUUGAAGAAUUUUGUCAUCUUUGGAAAUAUAUUACUGACUGGUUGAAUUGUUUUAAAAGUUUUGAUAGAGAUAAUUCUGGAACUAUUGACAAAACGGAAUUACAAACUGCAUUUUCUUCUUUUGGUUUUCGUCUUUCGGAUGCAUUUUACGAUCUGAUCGUGAAGAAAUUUGAUAGAAAUCAAGCAAAUUCUAUAACAUUUGAUGAUUAUAUACAAGUGUGUGUAACUUUACAGUCUUUAACAGCUGCCUUCAGAAGCCAUGACAAAGAUAUGACUGGUGUAAUUACUAUUGGAUAUGAAGAAUUUUUAAUGAUGGUGGUUCGGACAAUGUUUCAGUAACCCAGUUUGAUAUGUUUAUAAGUACUUUAACUUCCACUCCAGUCUUCAUAAUUGAUUCCAGCUGGUGAAACUUUUUGUUACAUCAUUUUUGAGCAAUUUCUUUUGUUGAAUUGCGUAUAUUUCCAUAAAACUGUUUUUUUUCCCGCUUGUUUUGUUCUUCAGGAAGGAUUAAAUCUUCUGAAUGUAUUUGUUUCCAUUUAUAUUGUACUAUUUUAAAUGUUUUAUUGAUCUGAAAUUAGAUGUGAAAAAAAAGGGUACUUUUGUAUUAUAGUGCUUGGCUUAUAAAAAUAAAAUGAAAAACUGCUUUAACAUCAUAUUGCGGAUUUAUGAUAAAUCAAUUCUGUAAAAAUUGUUAGAAUACAGAUAAAGUAAUUUAUUUUUAUACGCAUUUCUUUAAAUUUUUAAAUUGUAGAGUUAAAAUUAUUCAUGUC